UUCAUUUCUCACACAUACGCAAAUAGUGAGUUCUAUGUGUGGUGAUUACUAAACGAAUAUGGCGGCCCCCCCUCCCCGCCGCAAACGUGCUCCCCCGAUACAGCUUGUGCUCCGUCUCUCUAUUCCUUAGUCCGUGGACCUAACUAAUCACAGAAGCAAUCAUGAUUGGCACAACUCUACUUAUAGGAACUCUACUCCGCUCUGGUAUGCAAGAGGCAUAACCUAAAAACACACACAAGAAAGACAAGUAAAAUUUCGAAGGGUUAUAAAAAUGUCAAAUGAAAGUUAUGAAUACUUAGAUGAAGAUUUAGAUGUGGUCUGUGAUGCUUCUAUUCAAGAUUCGUUUGAAGAAAUUCUAAUAAUGGAAGUUAAAGAGAAUCCCUGCUUAUGGGAUCAGCAUAUGGAUGUAAAAAUACAGAGGGCUUAUUGCAAUUAAGAAAGCAUGGGAACAAGUUGGAAAAGCUUUAAGUAAUAUUAUAUUUUGUUAGUUAAGGGGUAACGCCACUCUAGAAUUUUCAAAAAAUGGAUUUUUUUGCGUUUAAAUGAUGCGUUAGAGUUUUAAAAAUGAUGUACAUUUAGUCCCGUAGCGCGAAAGGAAUUUUAAGUACCUGUUUUCAAACCGAAACUGCCGGAUUGGUGACAGUUAUUGGUUUGUUUACCAGCAAAGUGCUUGAUAUUGUUGUGAAAUCAAAAUACUGUAAAUCUUGUAAAUUUUGGGAAAAAAAGAGUGACACUGAAGAAUAUGUAGAGUGGUUGGAAACACAUAGAAGCCAAUGUCAAUCGAAUCACCAAGGCUCGGCGGAGAAAAUGGAAGUCGAUGCUGUUAUAGAAAUGUUUCAACGAUCGGAAAUUGUAAAUAAUAUUAAAUAUAUUAACUAUGUAGGAGAUGGGGAUUUAAAGACUUUUAAAGUUCUUUUCGAAGCACAGACUGCUGAAAAUAAGGAAGUUUUUAAAAAAGAAUGUAUCAAUCACAUCCAGAAGCGAAUGGGUACACAUCUUCGAAAUGUAAAAAAAAAUACAAAAGGUUUUGGCGGAAAGGGAAAAUUAACUGGCAAACUUAUGGAUGAACUAUCCAUUUAUUAUGGAUUAGCAAUACGCCGGAAUCAUGAUUCAGUGCAGAAAAUGAGAGAUGCAAUCUCCAAAAUGAUGUCGAUGAUUCCAAAAUCUGUUUCCAGCGGCAAAAUUGUGCUUGACACAGUUGCAAAUUUAGCUGUGUGCACAUACAAUGACGGAAUGUCGAGUAUAAUGCAAAUUAUGAAACUCCUAGGCUUGACUAUUGGACAUAACUAUUAUAAUUACUGCUUGGAGACCGAUGCUUGUCGUAUUAAGUUUUCGGAGUUUUCAUUAUCUGAUGCUGCGAAAGAAGCCAGGACGUCAUUAAAAUCAGCCAGGAAAGAUGCAGAACACGAGGAUUUUGAUAUGGAAGAUUAAAAAUUGUGGGAGUAACCUUUCCGGCCGUGAAGCCCUUUCGGCGAGAGGAGGCCUCGAGUCUUUUAUAAUAUAGUCGCC